GGCUGCCUCAGGCGGUUUCUCUCCUGUGGCGUCUGUUGCCGUUAUUUCACGGAUAUGUUUCUUAAAUAGCUCUGUAGGUGCUCGUUCCAUGCUGCGCAGGAGCAGAUUUAAAAUCAGGGCAAACAGCAACAGGCGGCUGCCCAGGGCUGGGGCGCUGCCAGCACGGGACAAUGCUGAGGAGCGGGAGGACGAACAUCUCCAGGCCUUGUGUCUGACUUGGUGCCCCGGGGAGAGGCGCUUGCUGCUAACACCAGGCUAAGCCUUAACUAAAACUGGGCUGUUUAGGGCUGUGUAAGCCACAGUCAACAUGGUCAGGAUGCUUUGGAGUGGAGUGAGAGCAGCACUGUUCCCAUCUUCUGCCUCCUGCUGAGGUCCAGGUUGGCCUUCCCCUCUCUAAAUCGCAAAGAUCUUCAUCAGCAAGGGACCUCGCUCUUCUCUGGGAUCCACAUGCCCUGCUGGAAAUGGCUCAGAAGCUCCCCCAGCAUCACUGCCUUGAGCUCCAGCCUUGUGACCUCUGCAGGUUUAGCAAAGAAAUCUGGUGCUGGAAAGAAAAUCCUUGGUCAUCUGCAUGGCGAGGCCUGAAAGAAGGACUGCAGCAGGAAGGAGGGCUGGGAAGGAGGCUGAGGGCUCCUGAGGUGUGAGCGGGUGCCUCGGGUCCUCAGAGGAGCGCUGCAUGGGUGUAAACCACAGCGACAUUUAGCCCUGUUAGAGGAUCCACUUGUGCUGGAUUUAUCCAGGCUGCACAUAAAACAGGGGCCUGUGUUGCAAUAAAAUGUGGAUCUCUCCCAUUUUUUAAGCGGAGCUGUCUACCCCUCUGUAGUACAUUGAAGUCUCCCGAUGGGGCUUGUUUUUGUUAGUUCCCUUUUUAGAGCCCAGGCAUUUCUGGGCCACAGGGAUGAAAACUGCUGCUCGAGAGGAUUGAGCCAUUUCUGAGCAAACUGGUGGGAUAGAAUUAAAUUAAGCUCUGGCAGCUUUGUGCGUUUUAGCCACGUUGUUUGUUCAGUUGUGCUCUCUAGGAACCUAUCCCCCUGUUCCUGGCGCAAUACCCAGCGGAAACGGAUUAUGGGAGGUUUUUGGAAAGCCUUGAGCACACUGGCGACAGCGAGAGGACGACUCUUUGAACUUUCUGCUCUUACAUCAGCAACCUUUGUCCAGGGUAGGACAGAAACAGCAUGGGUUGAAAUAGCGUUUAACCCUGCUGAAGUCAAGUCUCUUCAGCGUUUUAGCAUGCACGGAUGCUGUUUGCAGAGGGAUUAUUUUUAUAUGUGGCUGGGAGAUGUUUUCAAGUGUGCCAAGAAGAUCAAAACAUUCCUAGAUUGCUUCUUAGAAGUUUCUGUGUUGCAGACAAGGUCUCAGUGUUCAGUGCAGUGUGUCUGAGUUCAUUUCAUGGCUGCUUUCAAGGCAUUUUGGAGGGUCUCUGGGCCGCAGCAAUGAGGAAGCCUCGGAGGAGGUCCCGGCAGAACUUGGAGGGGAGGCGUUCUCCUUCACCCUACAGCCUCAAGUGCUCGCCGACUCGGGAGACGCUGACGUACGCUCAGGCCCAGCGGAUCGUGGAGGUAGACAUCGAUGGGCGGCUUCACCGCAUCAGCAUCUAUGAUCCCUUAAAAAUCAUCACCGAGGACGAGCUGACUGCCCAGGACAUCACAGAGUGCAACAGCAACAAGGAAAACAGCGAGCAGCCCCUUUUCCCUUCCAAAUCCAAGAAAACACCUUCCAAAGGCAAGAAGAAGGAGUCCUGCUCCAAACAUGCACCAGGAACAUCUUUACACUUACCCCAGCCCAACUUUCGUGUGGUGGACUCCUUCAGCCAGCCAGAUGCCCCCCCCCUCCCUGCCGCCUACUACCGAUACAUCGAAAAACCUCCCGAGGACCUCGAUGCAGAGGUGGAGUAUGACAUGGAUGAGGAGGAUCUGGCCUGGCUGGAAAUGGUCAAUGAGAAGAGAAGGGAUGAUGGUUACGGGACAGUUUCUGCCGACACUUUCGAGCUGCUGGUGGACCGGUUGGAAAAGGAGUCGUACCUCGAGAGCCGGAACAACGGGGCUCAGCAGUCCCUCAUCGAUGAGGACGCCUUCUGCUGCGUCUGCAUGGACGAUGAGUGUCACAACAGCAACGUCAUCCUGUUCUGUGAUAUCUGCAAUCUGGCCGUGCACCAGGAGUGUUACGGCGUGCCCUACAUCCCCGAGGGGCAGUGGCUUUGCCGCUGCUGCCUACAGUCUCCUUCUCGCCCCGUGGAUUGUGUCCUUUGCCCGAACAAAGGUGGAGCUUUCAAGCAGACGAGCGAUGGCCGCUGGGCUCACGUGGUUUGUGCCAUCUGGAUCCCAGAGGUCUGCUUUGCAAACACUGUGUUCCUGGAGCCCAUCGAAGGGAUAAACAACAUUCCCCCGGCUCGGUGGAAGCUCACGUGCUAUAUCUGCAAGCAGAAGGGCAUGGGAGCUGCUAUCCAGUGCCACAAGGUGAACUGUUACACUGCCUUCCAUGUCACCUGUGCCCAGCGGGCCGGUCUCUUCAUGAAGAUCGAACCCAUGAGAGAGACCGGCAUCAACGGCACAACGUUCACCGUGCGCAAGACUGCUUAUUGUGAGAGCCAUUCCCCGCCUGGGACAGUGAGAAAAGGGGCUCCAGCUGCUACCAGUGAGAGGCAGGGGGACACUGUGAAGGAGGAGGGAGAGGAGGAAGCCAAUUCUGGCCCUCCCAAAGGGUCCUUGAAAAAGAACCAAGUGAAAUUGAAACAGAAGAUCAAAAAGGAGCCUGGCGAUGCGACUGAUGGGCGUUCGUCUGUGCCCAUGGUGACAGUUGCACAAAUUCCCUCUUACAGGCUGAACAAAAUCUGCAGCGGCCUCUCUCUCCAGAGGAAGAACCAGUUCAUGCAGAGGCUCCACAACUACUGGCUGCUGAAGCGCCAAGCGAGGAAUGGGGUGCCCCUGAUCCGGCGCCUGCACUCACACCUCCAGUCCCAGAGGAACGCGGAGCAGAAGGAGCAGGAUGAGAAGACCAGCGCAGUGAAGGAAGAGCUGAAGUACUGGCAAAAACUCAGGCAUGACUUGGAGAGGGCACGGCUGCUCAUCGAGCUCAUCCGUAAGAGGGAAAAGCUCAAACGGGAGCAGGUCAAGGUUCAGCAGGCUGCUAUGGAGCUACAGCUGACGCCUUUCAAUGUCCUUCUGCGCACAACGCUGGACCUGCUGCAGGAGAAGGAUGCUGCCCAGAUCUUCGCAGAGCCUGUCAACCUGAACGAGGUUCCAGAUUACCUGGAAUUCAUUUCCAACCCAAUGGAUUUUUCCACCAUGAGGCGGAAGCUGGAGUCCCACCUGUACCGAACAUUGGAUGAGUUUGAGGAAGACUUUAACCUUAUAGUUACCAACUGCAUGAGGUAUAAUGCUAAAGACACGAUUUUCCACCGAGCAGCUGUCCGGCUCAGAGACCUCGGAGGAGCGAUAUUGCGUCAUGCACGGCGGCAGGCUGAAAACAUCGGCUUUGACACUGAUGUGGGGAUUCACCUGCCCGAGUCACCCAAAACUGAGGACUUUUACCGCUUUUCUUGGGAGGAUGUGGAUAACAUCCUCCUGCCAGAGAACCGGGCUCACCUCUCCUUGGAGGCCCAGCUGAAGGAGCUGCUGGAGAAGCUAGACAUAGUGAGCCCCAUGCGGUCCAGCGGUGCCCGGACGCGACGCAUCCGGCUCCUGAGACGGGAAAUCAACUCCAUUCGGCAGAAGUUGGCCCAACAGCAGAACAAGACCAUGCCCAACGGGGAGCCUGUGCCGUGGGAAGACGGGCUGGAUAAAACGUUGAAGGAAGAGGAUGAGGAAGGGGAGAAAGAUGAUGCCAAGCCCCCGCACCCUCCCACCCUGGAGCCCACGGGACCCGCACCCUCCUUCUCGGAGCUGGAGUCUCUGCAGGACCCUCCAACGCUCAAACCCAUCAACGAAAGCAAGUCCUUGAACCAGCUGCAGAAGAAAGUGAUGUCGGACAGGGAGUUCUUCGACAAGAAGGCGCUGCAGCGGGAGAGCCAAGCCUUCCAGCGCCUGCUGAGUGACAACGGCCUGAACGGACUCGCCUUGCCGCCUGCAGACACCCCCACCAGCCCCCCCUUCAGUGGCGUGGGCCGACGGACAUCUGUCCUUUUUAAAAAAGCUAAGAAUGGGGUGAAGCUGCAGAGGGGCUUGGACUGCUCCCUGGAGAACGGGGAGGACCACGGGCAGAGCGACAGGGAGCGACAAGCCCGGAAACGGCCGCAGAGCAGGAGUUACGGCGAGAGCGACGGAGAGAAGUCGCCCAGGCAGGCAGGACAGAGAGGGGUGACCAACGGCUUUGCGAAGCACGCAGAAAACGGCUCCGACUCCGAGUGUGGCUCAGGCCUGGGCGGUGGGCUGGUGCUUGAAGCCUGCAGUGGUUUGAUGCCUCCCAAGCGAAGUCGAGGGAAGCCAGCCCUUUCUCGGGUGCCCUUCUUGGAAGGUGUGAAUGGAGACUCUGAUUACAGCAGCUCAGGCAGGACUCUCCUGAUGGCCUUUGAGAGUCAGGCUGAGCUGGAGCCCUUGGAGCUCGUGUGGGCCAAGUGCCGUGGCUAUCCCUCCUACCCUGCCCUGAUAAUCGAUCCCAAGAUGCCGCGUGAGGGUUUGCUCCACAAUGGAGUCCCCAUCCCAGUCCCACCCAUGGAUGUGUUGAAGCUGGGGGAGCAGAGGCAGACGGAGGCAGGCGAAAAACUCUUCCUUGUCCUUUUCUUUGACAACAAGAGAACCUGGCAGUGGCUCCCGCGGGACAAGGUGUACCCCCUCGGCGUGGACGACACCGUGGACAAACUGAAGAUGAUGGAAGGCCGAAAAACCAGCAUCCGCAAGUCUGUGCAGGUGGCCUACGACCGAGCCAUGAUUCACAUGAGCCGCGUGCGGGGAGAUCACCCCUUUGUUACGUCUAAUUAUCUGUAACGGGUCGGGGCAGCCGCUCCUCCUCCUCCAGACCCCGCGAUCGCCAGGGGGGUCGGAGCAGAGCGGCCGGGGGCUCGCUGCCAGUGGGGAGCGGGGCGGCUUCCAGCCCUUUGUGUCCUCGGUGUGCCGUUCCCAGCAGCCGCCAGCAUUCCUCGAAGUACCCUGACAUGUGCCAAAAAGCCUGUCCAGCUUCUUUCUGAAUGUGUCUCACUGAAAGGCUGGCAGGAGAUGAAAUGUAGAAGUCUACAGGGAAGGAGGAAGGUGUUAGGAAAAGCUGCCAGGCGGCGGGAGCCACGGUGAGCAAAGAGCAGAGCCCAGCGCUCGGGUGUUCGGACCCUCGCCCCUGCCUCCCCCGUGCCACCAGGGUUUGCAGUCAUCAGCCAGCCCUGAGCGAUUCCCGGGAACCCAUCACCGCUGUAAGCAAACCAGGAUCCUUCAUGGAAAUCCCAACUGGACUUUCUCGUGCCAAAUUUACCCUGACCGUCACUGGCCUUUUUAUUUUUUUUUUUAGAUGCCAUUGAUUGUCCCAUCACGUUCAAGAAACUGUAGCCGGGAGUUAGUUUCACGCUGUUCCUGCCUACCUACGGUGUUCUCGUGUUCCAUUUCUUGCAUUGCAUUUAGAGAAGUUUGAGAUAUUUUGGUAACCUUCCCCUCUGCUACACACACUGACAUGCACAGAUGCACAGAGCUUUAAAUGUAAAAAGCAAAUGAUCUGCUUUUUUUUUUUGGUGUGUGUUUAUGUCCUAGAAAUUUCUUUGGUGGUUUCACAUUUAAAUGCUGAUUUCCAUGACUGUGCUUGUUUCAGUCGCAUUUCGUAUCAUGGUUUAGUACAGAAUUGAGUCUAUAAGCCAAGAUAACUUCCUUUUUUUGAAGAAACAAAGCUAAUUUUGGAGGUGUCCAAGGAGCUCGAGCAGCUUUGCAGGCACUGAGGUUGAUCAGGGUUGGAGGGAGAUGCAUCGUUUGUGUUGUUUUAUGCACAUUUGGUGUCAGGCUCCUCUUCCUUUCUUCCUUCUUUUCUGUCUCUUUCAAGUUUUCCUCGGGCUUGGUUUGGGUUGAAACCAAGCACUAAGUAGAGCACACAACCAUUUUGCCUUUUCGCCUUCUCUCACACACGUCUGUCCCUUCCCUAGUGUGUGGGUCUCCAUCAUUACAAAACAAACCCAGCUCUGCUGACAACCCCUGUUUUUUGCUGGGUUUGCACGGCAAAAACAGGGACAAGUGAUCAUCGGAAUCAGAUGACAAAACCUUUUCUAUUAGCCAAGGACUUUUGAUUUCUCCGAUCUCUUCUGUUGUGUAUCCCUCUUUGCUUUCCCAUUGUAAGAACCAAAGGUGCAGAGCAAGAUUGUAGAUUGAAUAUCACCAUUUCGCUUUUUAACUCGAUAUUUUUUUAUUAUUUUAACUUUUUCAUACUGAAGAGAAUGUGGGGUCAAAAUAAUAAUUAAUAAUAAUUAAUAAUAAUGACUAGUGGGGAGUAAUCACUGCCAUUUCUACUUGGUCUACUUUUUUAAAAUACCACUUCUUAUACAUUGGGACACGGAACCACACUUUAAGGAAGAUUCCUGUAACAUAUAGAGAUGGGGCAUAGGAUUUUGUAAUAUUAAUAGUAAUAACGAUGCCUACGGAGUGUGGCUAGGGAAGGAUGUUGUGUAUAUAGUUGUAAGAUAUCGUUCUAAAUUAUUUAGACCUAUUGUCACCAUUCUUGAAGUCCUCAGUUGUGUUGCUGGGUCUUUUAUAUGCACACGGUGUAAUUUAUUUGGAGGAACAUACACUUUUCCGGGUGGUAGCUCAGCUGUGGACUUGUGACCUGUGUAUAUGUUCUAAGAUCCUGGGAUUUGUUUGUUUUGUUUUGUUUUGUUUUGUUUUUUAAAUGACAUUUUAGGAUUUGGAUUGGCUAAUAUCCUGCUGUUGCUACGGGACCUAAACGUUACUGUCAGUCUGCUGUAAAGCACAGAUUGCUCUAUUUAUUGUAGAAAGUGAGUUUAUUUGCUUUCUAGAACUGUUUAUAUCAGAUGGUAUAAGAGAGGUAAUAUGAAAAUCUAUGCUUGUAAAGAAAAAAACAAAUGCUAAUUUUACCUACUAUAAUCUGACUGUCUGAGACUAUAUUUUCUCUCUGAGAAAUAAAUGUUCUAAUGUAUAAAAAAAAAAA